AUGGCAGCAAGUAGCCACAAGAAUUUCAGAGUACGAGGCAUUCCACUAGAAUACGAGACAAGGAGUGAGGUCUGCAGCCUGAUUCAGAAGACCCUUGCACUAGAGCCAAAUGCUAGCCCUACUGUUUACUCGCUUGCGCUUUCUCCUACCGAUCGGAACAGCAAGAUAGCUACGCUCAGCUUUCCCACUAUACCAGACUGCCUAUCUGAUCGCUCAAAGGUUGAGUGGAAUUUCAACCUAUCGGAAGAUGAAAAUAUCGAUUUCGGCAGGUCUCUUGCUUUCGAUACCCAUUUCACAGGCUUCACGCCUUUUCAUCGUGCAAGCGAUGCAGAUUGCCAUAUAGAUGUGAUUGCAGUUUGUGGCCUUGGAGGACAUGCACUGGGGUCAUUUAAAGAAAAGGAUGGCCGUUUCGUUUGGCUUCGAGAUGCCCUUCCAUCAGAUAUCCCCAAUGCAAGGAUUUUAACCUACGGAUACAAUAGCCAGCUCGUCGGAAGCGAGUCCUUCCAAAGCUUGACCGACUUGGGAAGGACUUUACAGGUCGAUCUUGAGGGCAUUCAUGACCUAAAUCAAGCCCGUUCAAUACUCUUCAUAGGUCAUAGUCUUGGCGGGCUUGUCAUCAAAGAGACCGUGCGAUUACUGAAAGACGAGCCUCUUGAGCCCGACCUUUCGCUCUUAAACGCCGUUUCCGGCUUCGCCUUCUUUGGGGUUCCCCAUCGAGGUUUGGCAGUUGAGUGUCUGGUCCCUCUGGUAAAAGAUAACCCCAAUCGGGCACUUCUUGAAUCCCUCAACAAGAACUCUUCGCUUCUCGAGCACCUACAAAACGAGUUCGGCAAAAUAUCGAAAGUGAGGAGCCUUUUUAUUGUGUCUUUCUAUGAGACAGAAAGAUCCCCUACUGCGGUUUGGAUAAAUGGCAAAUGGGAGAUGUCUGGCUCCAGCGAAGUGCUGGUAGAAGUAUUCUCGGCAACAUGCGGUUGUCAAAAGCAGCAUCCCAUCAACCGUAAUCACUCUGAGAUGGUGAAAUACAGUGGUGUGCAUGAUCAACUGUACCGAAGAGUGGUGGUUGCCCUCCGUCCUAUACUUGGUGUAUCACGAGGACGGCCUGGUAUUGGAGGUACAGGAGGCGGGCCACAAGAAUGCCUGAAAUCGCUGUCAUUCCCUGAGCAAGAGCACAGAUACUCCGAAAUCUCUUACGCCAGCGACACUUGUGAUUGGCUUCUAGAAGACCACAACUAUCAGAAAUGGAUGAAUACAGCUCGUGGACUCUUCUGGAUUAAGGGCUGUCCGGGAACAGGCAAAUCUGUCCUCAUGAAGUUUGCAGUUGAUACUAUGAGCCGCAGGAAGUCUGGGGAAACUAUCGCUUCCUUCUUCAUCCACGGACGUGGUAUACCAUUGCAACGAACACCUUUGGGGAUAUUUCGAGCUUUAUUAAAUUCAUUGCUCAUGUUGUUUCCAAAAUAUCUUGCCGAGCUUACAGAAGUCUUUCAAGAUAAACAGAAGCGGUACGGAUCGUAUGAACAGAAGAAUGGUUGGCAAUGGAAUGAAAGGGAACUGGAGAAAUUCCUAUCCAGACUCUUGAUCGAGGGGACUAAGGAGAUACCGGUGGUGAUAUUCAUUGACGCACUUGAUGAGUGUGGGGAUCAUGCCAAAAGCCUACUAGUAUCCCUCAAGAGCCUCUCAGAGAAUGCUGAGCAAGAGGGAUCCUUGGUUAGGAUUUGUUUUUCGUCGAGACAUUUCCCUAUACUUGGCCAUGAGACGAUGUCGAGGGUCUACGUGGAAGAGAGGAAUGACCACGACAUCAGACUUGUCAUUGAAGGCCGACUCAAGGAGCUUCAGCCAGUUGAGAAGCGUCGGCAGAUCGAGAAAGAGAUCAUGUUGAAGGCUCAUGGAGGCUUUCAAUGGGCAAUGCUUAUCACAAAUAUGAUACUCGAUGAAGACGCAACUGGCGCCAGAACUGAGGAUCUACUUGACAUGAUAUCGACUACCCCUCCAGAUCUCGACGACCUGUACGACGUCAUAUUGAGGGGGGCGACCAAGGAUAAGCACAAGCAGAUGGCAAAGCUGUUUCAGUGGGUUGUGUAUGCCAAACGACCUUUAUCAGCCCAAGAGCUUCGAGAGGCACUCGCUACUGAUAAAGAUAUGACCUAUACGACAGUCUCAGAGCUCAGAACUCAUGGUAACUGGUCGGAUUGCGUAUCCCAGUUCGAGAUGCGUGUCCGGCAUAUCUCCAGGGGCCUUGUGGAGUUUCAGAAUCGUGACGUCUAUGAGCAAUUUGAGCCUGGAGGUGAAGAAUGGAGCCGGGAGGCUCAGUUCAUACAUCAGUCGGCUGCGGAUUUUGUUGCUCAGAAGUUUCUCACCAAUAUUGACAAAGGGUCGUUAUCUAGGUCCCCAGCUGGAGCCGGCCAUUAUGAGAUCUCGAGGUCAUUUCUCAGAUAUUUAACCUUGGAAGAAAUCCUCAACGGAAACGAUCUAUCCCGGGAGAAACUCUCAGCGACCUUCCCACUGAUGCCAUACGGAGUGACAUUUCUUCUCGACCAUAUUAGAGGCGUUGAGGAGGGGGCCAUUUGCCAAGCUGACUUAGUGACACUCAUUCAAUGGAACCAACCAGAACGCCUUGGUAUGCUCGCAAGGAUAUGGAGAAUAAUGGACCCUGAGGGCACUCAUGCGCCUAGGGGCUGGCCAUUUCUCGGCGCCUCGGUUCUUCACCUCGUGAUAGCGUUUGGUUCUGCCAGUCUGUUGGAUACUUUACUCCAGAGGGAAAGCUCAAACUUAGGUGCUGAGGAUCUUGAAGGAAAUACGCCUCUCCAACUUGCUCUACGAGAGGACCGUCAAGAGUUGGCCCUCAUGAUACUGCAUCGAUCAAGGACGUGGCAGAUUGAGGAUGACGCCGUUCCUGCAGCAGACAGACCAAGUGGACCCGGAGUACCAAGCACAUACCUCAGUCACGUAAAUAACACCAAUAUUGAUGGUGAUACUCCUUUGAGCCUAGCCGUUUCUAUUCGAGCAGACGAAAUAAUCCGAAGCUUGAUCGAUGCAGGUGCCGAGAUCGAACACGAGAAGUCGCUAGUGUUUUAUGCCAUAAGUCAACGGAAUAAAUCACUCGUAUCUCAACUCAUCAAAGGGGGCUCAGAACUUGAGGGAGCUGUCUUCUUUGCAACACAAUGUUUAGUUCGGACGAAUGAUGAUGACCAGAGCUUAAUCGAUCUUUUGAAGGAUCUACUUGAAGCAGGUGGGAAUACAAGGCGAUUUACCGGUGUCGAGAUUGACGAUUACAACGAGAUCGAUGACGAUGAGGAAGAGGAUGGAGAUGAAGAGGCGAUCUUUGCUGCUUUACGCGGGGGUAAAACGGCGUUGGUCAGCCUCUUAUUGUCAUACGGUUCUUCGGCAACCUUGAGAGACCAAAGCAAUAAAGCUCCAAUACUGUUAGCUGUUGAGAGCUGCCAAGUCGAUAUCGCGACAGUCUUGUUUCGGGAUUCACCUAAGACAAUUUUCUCAGAGGACGCCGAAGGUAUGACAGCCGUUGAGUUUGUUAUACAGACUGCUCAGGUUGACCUUGCGCUUUUGUUUGUGAAAGAGGGCGGGGGGAUUUUGACAUUACAGGAAGUGUUCUACGAUGCUAUCGAGUACAGGCAACGUCAUUUUGUGGACGCUUUGUUGCAAAGGGACGCAGACAUCAUAGAAAUAGCCAACCAAAAGUGGGGAGAAUGGGACACACCAUUCCUGGUAGCAGUGUCCGAUAGUGAUGACGAUAUGGUCGAUCUCCUUCUCCGUACAGGCAAGAUUGAUAUCAGUGUCAGAACCGAAGAUGGCUACACCCCAUUUUUAAUCGCCGUUCAACUUAGGUCCCUGAGUAUCGUCAAGCUACUGCUUGACACAGGAAAGAUUGGUGUCAAUCAGGAGGAUUUUGAAGAAAGAGCACUCUCUGCAGAGUCUAUCGUGGGUGAGUACCAAGAUAUGUGCGAGGCUGUUUCUGAAUCUGAUAGCAGAAUGGGCAUGCGGCACUGUGAUGUAAUGGAGAAUUUUCUUUGGUGGGCUAUCAAAGGUGGAAAGUUGAGAAUGAUGAAACUAGUUCUCGAUGAGAGCAUGGUUGAUACCAAUCAGACGGUUGAAGGACAAACGCCACUCAUGUGGGCUAUGCAGAGGGGGAAAGAAGACGUUGUUAAGGUUCUUCUCAGCAGUAUUAGAGUUGAUCUGCAUUUCACCAACAAACUGGGACGAACGCCUUUUUCGUGGGCUCUAGACUAUAUGAAGGAUCGAAUGGUUCUGCUACUACUAGGUGCGAAAGGGUUCUCUAUCCACCGAGAAAGCAAUGACACUUCACGGAAAUUGUUUUGGUGGGCUAUCGGAAGGGGCAAUGGUGGUGUGAUCAAUAUGCUUCACGAAUCUGGUAAGUACGGUAUCAACACGAAGGAUUCCUCAGGGAGGACGCCGUUGAUAUACGCCGCUGAUACAUGUGCUGAGGAGGCCAUGGGGGUACUUCUCAAGGCAGGGGAAAUUGAUAUACAUGCAGUGGAUAACAGGGGCGACACAGCACUUUCGAUAGCUGUAAAGAGGGGUUACAGUACAAUAGUCCAUCUACUGUCUUCCUAUGUAGAUCGAAGCAGUGGAAUUGCCGCUAGGGUAAAGAAGGACUGA